CGACGAGCACCCUCCUUAUUUUCUGUGCUGGUGUGAGAGUGCAGAGCUAGCUAGCAGCUAGAGAGCUCCGUUUACUGGUUUAAACCUAGCUAUCACCUACUGCAUAUUAAGCUACUCCACUCUUUUCUCGUAUCCUCUUUCCAAAUCUUGAUUGAUCAGUCGCCAUGGGAACUCAAGCUCCGGACGGCGCUACUUACAACCAGGCAGAGAUGGAUGAAAAAUUAGCUAAAGAAAAGGCAAUUAACGAUUGGCUUCCAAUUACUUCUUCAAGAAAUGCAAAAUGGUGGUAUUCGGCUUUUCACAAUGUUACGGCCAUGGUUGGAGCUGGUGUUCUCGGUCUCCCUUAUGCCAUGGCUGAGCUUGGAUGGGGUCCUGGUAUAGCUAUUAUGGUCCUUUCAUGGAUCAUCACAUUAUACACACUAUGGCAAAUGGUUGAGAUGCAUGAGAUGGUUCCAGGGAAGCGUUUUGAUCGAUAUCACGAGUUGGGUCAGCAUGCAUUUGGUGAAAAGCUUGGUCUUUACAUUGUGGUGCCUCAGCAACUCAUUGUUGAAGUUGGUGUUUGCAUUGUGUACAUGGUCACCGGAGGAAAAUCGCUGCAGAAGGUCCAUGACACUGUGUGCUCAGACUGCAAAAACAUCAAAUUGACUUACUUCAUCAUGAUCUUUGCCUCUGUUCACUUUGUUCUUUCCCAUCUUCCCAACUUCCACUCCAUCUCCGGCGUGUCUUUGGCUGCAGCUGUCAUGUCCUUGAGUUACUCUACCAUAGCAUGGACUGCUGCGCUUGACAAAGGUGUGGUAGAAAAUGUCGAUUAUGAUUAUAAAGCAAAGACUACUACAGGAAAUUUUUUCAACUUCUUAGCUGCAUUGGGUGAAGUGGCUUUUGCGUAUGCUGGCCAUAAUGUAGUCCUCGAAAUUCAAGCAACAAUUCCUUCUACACCAGAGAAGCCUUCCAAGGGACCAAUGUGGAAAGGAGUCAUUUUUGCCUACAUAAUUGUGGCUUUGUGCUACUUCCCAGUUGCUCUGGUGGGAUAUUACAUAUAUGGAAAUUCAAUUGAAGACAACAUCCUCGUCUCAUUGGAUAGACCCAAAUGGCUAAUCGCAAUGGCCAACAUGUUUGUUGUCAUCCAUGUUAUUGGAAGCUAUCAGAUUUAUGCCAUGCCAGUGUUUGACAUGAUGGAAACUCUACUGGUGAAGAAGUUGAAUUUCAGGCCAAGUUUUAAGCUUCGCUUUGUUACACGAAAUACAUAUGUCGCAAUUACCAUGUUUGUUGGAAUUACAUUCCCGUUCUUUAGUGGUCUCCUUGGAUUUUUCGGAGGAUUCGCUUUUGCCCCAACAACAUAUUUUCUCCCUUGUGUAAUGUGGCUUGCAAUCUAUAAACCAAAGAGAUUCGGCUUAUCCUGGUGGUGCAACUAUAUCUGCAUCUUCUUCGGUGUUCUUUUGAUGGUUCUAUCACCAAUUGGAGGACUGAGAUCAAUCAUCGUUCAAGCCAAGACCUACAAAUUCUACUCAUAAGCCAUUGGUCAUCAUCCUUCCAAGCCACAAGCCUGAAAGGGGUAGUAGUAGUAGUACGUAGCUCUAUAAAGAAAAGAAAAAACAGAGUAAUUGAUGAUGAGGAAGAGACUAAGGACUCAAUACCUUCACCAGCAAGUAAGCAGCGGACAGAGAGAAAUCUCGUUGGUUCGUCGCCAUGUAUCAGGGGAAAUUUCCAAAGGGCUUUCUAUUAUUUCUCCAUUAUGUAUUUGUUUGUGCAUGUCAUCAUGUAUAUGAUCUUUCUUUUUGUGUUUGUUUCCUGCAUUCUUUGUGUGAAAUCUUUGUUUGAGCAGGUUAUUAUAGCUAUUCUCACUUAUUUAGCUUGGACUUGCCUCAGUUAGGUAUCCAGCUGGAUAACUUUGUUUCAUAGGAAGGGGAUUUGGUACUGCAAUUUUAAUUUGCUUAUGUACCCUAGUGUGAAUGACCUAAUUUGCUGGUGCAAUAAAACAAACACAAGGUUGAGUUUCAA